AUGGCUUCGAAAUCCAACAAACGGAAAGCACCUUCUUCCCAACAGACGAUCGAUCAGAAGCCCAAAACAGUCCGUGAAGAAGCCGUCGAGGAAGUUGAAGAAGAAGAAGAAACCUCCGAUGAUGAUGAAGAAGAAGAAGAAGAGGUUGAAGAAGAAGUCGAAGAAGAGGAAGAAGAAUCAGAGUCCGAAGGCGAAGAAGAAGAAGAAGAAGAAGAAGAAGAAGAGGAGGAGGAGGUGGAGGAGGAGGAGGAAUCAUCGUCCUCCGAUGAAGAGCUAAACGACGACGCCUUCAGACCGUUCGGCGAGAUCGAGGACAGCAAAUUGGUUACCGACAAAAACACAGGGCGAGCCAAAGGCUACGCAUUUGUGGUGUUCAAGACACGUGCCUCUGCCCGGAAGGCUCUCAAGGCUCCUCAGAAGAAGAUUGGGAGCCGGAUGGUCUCGUGCCAGCUGGCAGCCCUCGGACCGCCAGCUGGUGCAGCCACAGCUGCGGACGGUGGUGCCAGCAGCAGAAAGAUGUAUGUUGGAAAUGUCGGACCUCACGUUAGUGUUGAGAAGCUCAGAACCUUUUUCGAGAGGUUUGGCGAGAUUGAGGAAGGUCCGCUUGGGAUGGACCCUGCAACCAAUAAAUUUAAAGGGUUUGCUAUAAUCACGUAUAAAACGUCCGAAGCGUUCAAGAAAGCACUGGAGGAGCCGAUUAAGGUGCUUGAGAAUUGCCAGCUGCACUGCAAGAAGUUUGUGGAGAAUCUGAAUAAGAACAACAACAACAAUGUGGCAAGUCAAAGUGGGGCUUCUACUGCUAGCCAGCCCAUUGCCGAUGCUAGCUAUAGUAGCAUAACGGCUAAUAAUUCUGGGGUUUUGGGAGGUAAUCUGAAUGCAGGCGGGUUUAUGAUGGCACCCAGUGCAGGGCUUGGAUUGGCCGGUAGCCAGAUGCUGGCGGCAGGUUAUAAUCCGGCCAGCCUAGCAGCGGCGGGCUAUAGUCCGGCCAGCCUAGCAGCGGCAGGCUAUAGUCCGGCCAGCCUAGCAGCGGCAGGCUAUAAUCCAGCGAGCCUAGCGGCAGCCUCGGGAUUGAACACGCAAGUUGCUGGAAUGGGCGGUAAUUAUAGCGUGAUUGGGAAUUACGGGUCACAGGCAGCUCUGAACGGGUUGGGAGCCUUUCAAAAUGCUCAAGCUGGGCAGUCUUCGGUUGGCACUGUGGGGACCACAACAACUACUUCACGGGCUUCUGCGAGUGGUGGGUCGGUGCCAAAAACUUUUCCGACCUAUUUUCGCCGUUAA